AUUGGACUCUAUAUAAAGUCGAGCACAGGGGUACUCAAUGAUACACAUCCUCUUGGUCUGAUUCUUCAGCAUACGAAAAUAUCAGAUACAAUUUUCCAGCAAUUUCUAUCUGUAGAAAUUAUGACUUUAACGACUGAAAUGAACCCGAAAGUACAAACAGAGGGAGAGGAAGAAGGAGCUUACAUGUUUGCCAUGCAGUUAGUAGGUGCUUCCUUUCUGCCCAUGGUACUAAUGUCAGCAAUUGAAUUGGACCUUCUGGAAGCCAUUUCUAAGGCUGGUCCAGGCGCUUAUGUAUCGCCUUCCGAGCUAGCGGAUCAGCUUCCGUCCAGCCAACAAGGCACACCAGUCAUGCUAGACCGUAUCCUCCGGUUCCUAGCUAGUUACUCUGUGCUCGAGUGUAGAAUUCGUGAGUCGACGGAUGGUCAUAUUGAGCGCCUUUACGGCUUGGCCCCGGUGUGCAAGUUUUUUGUUAAAAGCUCCGAUGGUGUGUCCAUGGCUCCGUAUUUGCUCAUGAAUCAUGACAAAAUCUUUAUGGAGACCUGGUACCAUUUGAAAGACGCGGUACUUGAUGGCGGAAUAGCUUUUGAGAAAGCUCACGGAAUGAAUGUAUUUGAGUACAACCGCAAAGACCCCAGAUUUAGCCAAGUCUUCAACCAGGCAAUGUCUAGCCAUUCUACCCUUACCAUGAAGAAAAUCUUGCAAACCUAUAACGGUUUCGAAGGCCUGACAACUUUGGUGGAUGUCGGCGGAGGCACGGGGGCCACCCUAAGUAUGAUCAUCUCUAGUUACCCUGCUAUCAAAGGGAUUAACUUUGAUCUCCCCAAUGUUGUCAAAGAUGCUCCACCUUAUCCAGGUGUGGAGCAUGUCGGGGGUGACAUGUUUGUUAGUGUGCCGAGAGGGGAUGCUAUUUUCAUGAAGUACGUAUGUCAUAACUGGAGCGAUGAACGAUGCUUGAAGUUGUUGAAGAAUUGCUAUCAAGCACUUACGAAGAAAGGGAAAGUGAUAAUUGUAGAAUCAAUUUCGCAGGAGGUACCGGACUCUGACAUUGCAACAAAACAUGUGUAUGAUAUCGAUGUUGCAAUGCUGACACGAACUCCUAGUGGAAAAGAGAGAACUGAGAACGAGUUCGCGGCCUUGAUCAAAGAUGCUGGAUUCACAGGUUAUAGCAAAGCCUCAUGUGGUUAUAACAUCUCGGUCAUGGAAUUAUACAAAUAGACUCUUUAUUGAUUACGCUUAUGAUUUUAUUUUGUUUUCUUGUGUAAUUUAUGGCAAGAAAUUGCAUAAACUUCUUGUAAUAGACUCUUUAUUGAUUCUGUCGGGCCUUCAAACGUGCCAUUUCCACCGUGUUAGUGUAAUAUUGUUUGUUUUUGAAACAGACAACAAGCCUUUUUAUAUUCCAGACAAUAAAUACUUGUUGAUUC